AAAUAACAUUAUCUCAAUUCAAAGUACACGUUCUAAAUUUUUAAUUUCGCAAGCAACACUUCAUGCAAACACAAAGAGCUUCACAGUAUUCAACUGGUAGCAAUGGCGCAGUAAACCCAUUUCAACAACAGCAUCAAAACAACUCUGAGACCAGAUAAAUCAUGGCUGUCCCUGGUAAAAAAGCACCACAGAAAUUAUCUAUAACCCUGUCUAAAGGUUCUGGAGAAGAUUUCGAAGUUUUCUGUCAGCCAUGUGACAGAGACGACCUCAGACUACCUGCCGCUGGGUACUGUGUAGAUUGUGAAGAGCACAUGUGUGACUCGUGCUUUAACUUCCACAGAAGACCAAAACCACUUCAACAUCAUAAACUCCUAGAUAAAAACAACAUGCCACACACUCAAAAUCCACACACUCAAAAUCUUUCUACAAUGUCUAGUUCUACUCAUGUUGGUCAACUUACAAGUCCUUGCUCUAAACACACAAAAGAAAUUAUCAAGUUCUACUGCCAUGAUCAUAAAGCACUUCUAUGCAGUGUAUGUGUGACCCUUGACCAUACCCGUACAUCCUGCCAGGUUGACUACAUACUUGAUACAUCAGGACACAUCAUUGACAGCACUGAGUUCAAAGACACUCUUAAAGGGCUUGACAAAAUAACUGAGGAAUGUCAUAAGAUUAUAACAGAUCUGAGGCAAAUGGUUGCAAAAUCAAACACUUCUUUGGCAGAUGUCCUUGCAGAAAUAAAAAAGUUCAGGAAAAAGAUUAACCACAGGAUAGAUGAACUUGAGAAGGAAGCUUCACAUGCAACAAAUGCCCUAGAACAAGUGAAUGACACAAGGUUGAAGACUAUAGAAGAAACAUGUUGUCGCUUGAUUUCCACAACGCCAUAUGUCAAUUUUGGUCAAUUUGGAGUGUUUGGUAGCAUUUUUUUCAUCUCGCCGAACUCUAUCAUAAUAUCCUGAUUGUUUCCUUGUGGAAAGUAUAUAACUAGAGUAAAUCGUAUUUCCACAAAGCCCUAAAUUGUUGAAAACACUAUAGGUAAUUUCCACAAAGCCACAUAUUGAAACGCCAAUGAUACUCUCAUAUCACAUCACGUGACAGCAAUAUGAGGAACAUGGCGAAGUUUCAACUAAAAAGGUACAUACAGAUAUUGCAGAGUAUUUAUUGCAAAUAGAGAAUAUUUACUUGCUAUUUAUUGCUUUUUACAAUUUCAUAAAUUAGUGGUGUAUAUAAUUUGUGCCAAAAGAGCCCUACCUUUGAUGCAAACUCAAUGUUAAGGUGAUGUCACUUUUUGAAUUUCCGGUGAAUAACAAAAAAACAAAGAAUAUUCAGUUCUUUCCAAAAAACGUUAUAUUAUGAUUCAACCAAGUAGUUUCCUUUGUCUACCAGAAAGGAACAAUUCUCAUAUCUUAAUAUUGAGAGUUGGUACCUUUAUAACAGACAAUAAACUAAAACAAUAAACAUGCAAUUUCAAGCACAAGUAUUAAUGUUGAAUGUAAAGUAAGUUACACACUACAAUAUCCGACCAAGAUACUUCCAAAAACAAUGUAUUUGCAGAAUAGAGAGAUAAAAAUUAUUUUGACAGCUUGUGAAAACUAAUGACAAAUUUUGACAGGUAUAUGAUGACUCAUGACCUAACCAUUUUUAUUUUCAUAAAAUGGGUAUUCUAUAUUGUAGCUUACAACUCAUACAUUAAAACAAUAAAAGAAUAUAUUGUUACCUCACUGUCGUUUUGUCUAUCCAUGUCUCGUAUGAAUUCCUAUUGUUUCAGUCAUUUGUCAGUAAUUAGAACAACUCAGUGUUGCAAUCAUACAAAACACAUCCCUUAUUUUCACAUAGAUAUUGAGGAUUUAUCUAAUGAGCACAUGUAUUGGAAACACAAUUUCAAUACUGACUGUGUAUUGUAAUAAUGCUAAACUAUCUCAGCCGUGACGUGUCCUUAAUGUGUAUUACCUUUUCGGAUAGUUUUUGUUUCGGAUACUUGAUUGUACUUUCAGUGUAAGACUAGUGUUUUACUGUUUUUAUUAGUGGUAUAUAUAGUGUAUAAAUAGAGAAUCAAUAGUGUCCAAUAAACGGUCAGUUCUCACUUUUGAUCAAUAACUUUUAUGGGGUUAAUGACCAAAGAAUUUCAGAAUUCAUACCGAACCACUAUAUUUACCAAAGGGAAUACCUAGAAUGUUUGUCAGUGGCUGAGAUGUAUGACAUGAUUAUGUAGUUCAAUGCCAAUAGAAUGGAUUAAAUCUAUUGAAAAAUGACAUUCCAAAACAUAUAAAAUAGAAUUCAAUAUACCUAUGAAAGACAAAUCGACGGCUUAGCGCAAUACUGGUCCAAGUGACAUUUUUUCACAAAAUCACUUUUUUACAUAUUUUUAUAAACUAAGGUCAAAUACACAGUCUGUGAAAAAUUUAGGGUAAUUUACCCUUUUUUACCCACUUUUACCCUCAAGAAACAUAUAGGUCUAUCUCAGAAUGUUGGUUUUCAUCACUGCAAUAAAAGUCUAACUUGAGUUGGACUUAUAUUUCACUGAAAAGUUUGUUUUAUGACAAGUCUAACUUGAGUUGGACUUAUAUUGCACUGAUAAAAAAUUGUUUGAUUUUACCAAUAUGCUUUAGUUAAACCUAUCAAUGAACAAAAAUGUUGUGAUUUCUUUCAAGUUAAGUAUUGCAUAGGUAAGUAAUGUAAUAAGAGCAAGAAGUGCUCGAUCAUCUUGAUCAAGAAUUACAGCCAAAACUUCUAAUACUUGUACCAGGCAAAUGGUCUGGCAAGUCCAUCUAAAAAUUCUUUUUAACUCUCUUAUAAAAUUGUACAGAAUCUGAAGUGAGUCCACCGCCAAUUUAUCGAUUCCCUGAGGCCUGAAAAUGGCAGUUUACUUGUGUACUUAGAUUUUUAACCUACCAAAGCUAGAAAUUCAAACUCACACUGUUUUCCCUUGUUAUGCUUUUGUUAUUCCAAUUAAAACAUCACAAUCAAUUUGUUGGUGCUAUAGAAAAACUUGUGUUUGUAGUAAAUAACUGGGUAUCAUUUACUUUUAAACAUGUAUUUUCAAUAAAUGGAUUUAAUGGAGAAUGUAGUGUUGUAUAAAUAUUUUUGUUCCAUUGUUGAAAUAUUUAAAUAAUAGUGCUAAGAAUAUUUUUCCUGGCAUGGACAUUUGACUGUCUCAAUUAAUUCAAAUAUAUUUUGAUUGGUUGCAUUAUAUGCAAUCAAAGUAUCUUCUAAUAGAUUUGAUUUAUUACAUAAGAUUAAGAUUGU